AUGACUGCAGGGUGUGGCGAGAAUGUGAUGUGGCUGGUGUGGCUGCCUGUGUUUGGUGUGGUUGACUGUGUUGAGCAUGGUGGUGCUGCAAGGGUGGCAAUGGAGGACCUGCAGCGGGGCCACGGCGUCAGCAUCGUGCGGGUCAGGCGAACCCUGCAUAUCAAGGGCCACAGAGACGCCGUUCUGCGGUGCUACCGCCACAUAUGCGAAGAGAUCGCCGAGUGGCGGAGGCACGAGGCCGCUGAGGCUCACAUUCUGGGUGCAAGUCUCACAACCGUCACCCGCAUGGACUCCUCACGCCUCACCCCACCCACCCAGUCAUCACCACUAUCCGUCUAUUCGCUCCACCGGCUGUCAAACAGCAAACGGAGUUUUAGAGAGACAAGAUGUGGUUACGUGGCGCCGACCAAGCAGAAGGAGCGGCAAGUGGGGAACGCUGCAGAGGACGUUGAGCAGGAGAGUAGGAGAGCCAGGCACCAAGCCGGGAUCAACGAUGACACGUCAGGACUUCAGUGGCUGGCCAGCCAGGCCGCCCUUCACCAGCCACCACCAUCGCCACAGCCACCUCCAACACCACUCCACAACACCAGCCGCCCUCCACCAGCCACCACCAUCGCCACAGCCACCUCCAACACCACUCCACACCACCAGCCGCCCUCCACCAGCCACCACCAUCGCCACAGCCACCUCCAACACCACUCCACAACACCAGCCGCCCUCCACCAGCCACCACCAUCGCCACAGCCACCUCCAACACCACUCCACAACACCAGCCGCCCUCCACCAGCCACCACCAUCGCCACAGCCACCUCCACCACCCACACCACCAGCCGCCCUCCACCAGCCACCACCAUCGCCACAGCCACCUCCAACACCACUCCACAACACCAGCCGCCCUCCACCAGCCACCACCAUCGCCACAGCCACCUCCAACACCACUCCACAACACCAGCCGCCCUCCACCAGCCACCACCAUCGCCACAGCCACCUCCAACACCACUCCACAACACCAGCCGCCCUCCACCAGCCACCACCAUCACCACAGCCAUCUCUAACACCACUCCACACCACCUCCACAACACCAGCCGCCCUCCACCAGCCACCACCAUCGCCACUUCACCUGCAUCACCACUCCACUACCUCAACAACAGCACCAGCCACUCCUCACCACCACCCCCACCACCUACCAGCACUGUCCAGAGGGUUAAUACGCCCCCAAUAUUUAUCAUCGCCGUGCGUAUGAUCGACUCCCAAGAUUAA